AUGAACAACUGCAACCCUCAAAUCUCCUGGUUGUCGCUAGGGGCAAUGGGCUGGUACACAAACCCUCCGCAUCCCACCAAUCACCGGGUGAUUGGUGCCUCGACCCGUGGAGCUCCGCCAAGUGCGCCGUGGGAACAAAUCACACGGCGCCAAGCAGGCGGCGCUAUUCCCCUCAAGGCUAGGCCCGGCUCGGUUGCUGUCGUGCUGAGGAAGAUCAAGCCGAGGGCGUCUUUGGUUUAG